GCUUCAUGAAGGUGCAGAAACUACCUAGAACUAGUGUAGUCGCAAAACUAUCAACACCUCAAUAACCACCAACUUUUGCCUGCAAGGAGUCACUCAUCAGGCACGUGCUGAGUAAAGUGGCACACGCCUCCAUUCUCUCAACGACCAACGUGCUCUUCCCCUUUUCCAUUCACCGGCAAUUUUUCAGCAAUCCGAUCUGCAGCGCGUGCGCCAGAAGCACCAAGGGUUUCCAUUGCGACGCGAAUCAUCGAUAGGUUAUCUUCAGCACUGCCGGCCGCGCACCUGCAGUACUUAGUGACCGCAACCGAACUUGACACGCCCCGGUGCCAUUUCAACAAACUUGAACAAACCCACCACCUACAACACCUAAACAACAACAACCAUCACGGCAACUUCACAAUGGGCAAGCGCAAAAAGUCGUCAAGAAAGCCGCAGGGCCCCAGGAGGAACGACCCCCUUCCCACUGUCUUCACAUGCCUGUUCUGCAACCACGAACGAUCCGUCAUCGUCAAGCUCGACAAGAAGGCCGGCGUUGGCUACCUCGACUGCAAAAUUUGCGGCCAAAAGUUCCAAUGCCCUGUCAACUACCUCGAUGCUGCGGUAGAUGUCUAUAGUGCUUGGGUAGACGCUGCAGACGCUGUUGCACAAGAAGCCGAGGCAAGCGCAAAAGCAGCAUCUUACUCGAACAGCCGGUCGACGGGUGGGCGGCCAGCGGCAUCAAGCCGGAGAGCUGCCGAUAUCGACGAAGAUGAUGAGGAUGACGAUAGAGGCUAUGGCGGAUCCGGCGUUGAGGUUGACGACGAUGACUACGACUAAAAGACAUCGGCGAUUCGACGUUGCGUUACGUCCACGUA